GUACCUUUGAAAAGUGAAAUUGAGCGAAAUUAAAGUAUGAAGACUUAAUUAUAGAUCCCCAAUUAAUUCAGGGGUUUCACUGUUAUUAUUGACGAUGAGCUAAUUCAAAACGACUCGUAGUUUAUCAUCCAGCUCCAGCAAGAGUGUCGAAUUCGAGACUGCCAUUUGACUCCUGCUUGGCCUGACCUGACCUCAAAGUAACGUAAAUUGAUACCAGUAUCUGUCUGUCUGUCUCAUUCGAAAAUCUAAAGCCUCUCAAUGAUGAGUGGUGAAAACUUGGAGUUUGAUGCGUUAAGUGGCUCUUUAACUAAUCUCAAAGUUGAAGCAGAAGAACAUUCUUCUUCUUCUUCUUCUUCUUCUUCUUCUUCAUCUCCCGCCCAACAGGUUGAUGUUACUGCCGUCGAUGGCGGCGGCUUGCAGAUCAACUGUUUCACUGAAAUCGUCGAUGACGUUACUCUUCAUUACCAAAUCAUACGCUUUCCCAAACAGAUGUAUGCAUGGAUUAGCUGCAGUUCUGCUAAAUUAGGCCACUUGUACGCUGCUGCUGCUACGCGGCCUAAUAAUACGGUGAGUGUUGCGUGCUUGCUUGGAGGAGCUUCUGAUAAUACAGGAUCUGGCAUUGCUCGACGAUUAGUGUUAAAGACUGGCCUCAAUGUAAUCAUCGCUUGCAAUAUUCCUAAGAACAUUCCUAUGCUUGAGGUAAAUGCUGAGAGAAAAUUGGUGGAGAAGCUGACUUAUCUGGGGUAUACAAAGCCAAAAUCCAAAGGAUUAUAUGCUUAGUAGAGAGCUACACGGAUCCUGCAAAAUGAUGAAACUUAUAGCCCUUCUUACAGUGGUUCAUGUUGCUAGAUAGUCCAAGAUAGAUAUCAAGUUAGUGAGCUGUGACAGAUAAAGCUUCAAUGUUUUGCUGCUGGUUUGAAUAGUCCAGAACUAGAUCAUAGGAAUCAAAUACAAUUCUUCUAAUGUUACUUCAAGACAUCUGUGGUUGAUUUUCUGGAGGACUCUAGUUCUAGCUUUCUCAGCUUUCAUUAUGAGCAUUAUCUUACGAACUAUCCUGUGCUAAAUUUCCAAAAUGCCAGGAGAAAUUAAAAUAUAAUACAAUUUGUUUCGCUUUUGGUUCUCUGCUA